AUGGCAGCUGGAACAUCAAGCUCUAACAAUCAUCUCUUGGUUGAUGACUUCUACUUCUCAGCUCUCCAUGAUGACGAAGAACUACUCCCCAUCUCAGAUGAGAAAUAUGCCCAAGAGUUACAGCUUCAAGAGGCUCUCAUGUCCUCCGUAAUCUCUUCAAGAAUAAAUAGGGAAUCACCAACUCUUUUGGUGGAGGAAGGGUGUUCCUCUUCCAUGAAAAAUCACAAGGGAAAGGGUAAAGAAACUGGUCAAUCUUCUCAGUCCUUCUCUCAAACCUUGUGCAUGAUUUGCAUGGAUGGGAAACUAACCGGUGAAAUGUUCACAAACAAUAGCUGCACUCACUCAUUUUGUGCUGGCUGUAUUAGCCAAUAUGUUGCAACAAAGUUACAAGAUAAUAUAUCAUCAGUGAAAUGCCCUGAUCCAAAAUGUAGAGGUCUCUUGGAGCCUCAGUGUUGCCGUGACAUUAUUCCACAAGAAGUGUUUGAUAGAUGGGAAAAUGCCCUUUGUGAAUCAUUGAUUCUUGGGUCUCAAAAGUUUUACUGCCCCUACAAGGACUGCUCGGCUAUGUUAGUAGAUGAUGGAGGGGAGGUAGUGACUGCAUCUGAGUGUCCAGAUUGUCGAAGACUAUUCUGUGCACGGUGCAGGGUUUCAUGGCAUGCAGGAAUUGAAUGCAGCGAAUUUCAAAAUAUAAACAAAGAUGAAAGAGAGAGGGAAGAUAUAAUGGUGAUGGAGCUUGCCAAGAAAAAGAAUUGGAGGAGAUGUCCUCAUUGCAAGUUCUAUGUGGACAAGGUUCAAGGCUGCUUGCACAUUGCAUGCAGGUGUGGAUUUCAUUUUUGCUAUGGCUGCGGAUCUGAAUGGGAUGAAGUCCACCAAUGUUGA